UGCAUCAUAGUCUGUCGGAAAUGAUUUAUUAGAAGAAAAGUUUCCUGUGAGCACACUUCUCUCCGCGGAUUCCAACAGGUGGCCUUUUUAACACUCCAUAUUUCUACAGUAGCACACAGGGGGGAGAGCCAGGAAGAGGAAGUGACCGUAACCGACUCGGCUCCUUUUCCCAGCAGAGAAGUCGCGCAGGCAGCGUGUGUGUCUCCAGUCUAGCCGGGGAUUCUACGGUGGAAAAUGGCGGACACGUUGAUACUCUUCACUUCCAUAGGUCUCAGCGAGCAGAAAGCGAAAGAAACGCUGAAGAAUGAAGCGCUGAGUUCUGCGCUGAAAGAGGCUAUUACUCAGGCCCAGAAUGUCAAAGGAGUAUCAGAGGUGGACAAAGCCAUGGGCACGCUGCUGUACAGCAUGGCAUCUCGUCUCAAAGACACAAAGUGUGUGGCGUUCCUCUCGGAGAACAUAGCCCAGCGCAAAAUCUCCACAGAGCUACAGUUGGCAGCUGCCCUAGAGUUUUUGAUGAGUCACCCUCAUGACCCUAUCAACCAAAAGGAAUUUGAAGACGCAUGUGGAGUGGGUGUGGUGAUCACCCCCGAGCAAAUUGAAGAUGCAGUGGAGUCAGUGAUCAAGAAGCACAAGGAGGAGCUGUUAAAGGAGAGAUAUCACUUCAACAUGGGACUACUGAUGAGAGAAGCACGUGGUGGCCUAAAAUGGGCCGAUGGGAAAGUCAUCAAGAAUGAGGUGGACAUGCAGGUCCUACACCUUUUAGGACCCAAGACAGAGGCUGACCUGGAGAAGAAAACGAAGGCCCCGAAAGCGAAAGUUGCAGAGAAUGACGUGAAGCCGAAGAAGGAGGAGUUGGCAGUGAAUGGUGAGGCGACCACCGGGGAGGGAAUGUCACUGAUGGAGCAGCUCAGAGGAGAAGCGCUGAAGUUCCACAAAACGGGAGAGAACUAUAAAACGGAGGGAUAUGUGAUGACACCAAACACAAUGUCCCUGCUUAAAAAGCACCUGGACUACACUGGUGGUCAGAUUCGUACCCGCUUUCCUCCCGAGCCCAACGGCAUCCUUCACAUCGGACACGCCAAAGCUAUCAACUUCAAUUUUGGUUAUGCAAAGGCAAACAAUGGAAUUUGUUUCCUGAGGUAUGACGACACAAAUCCCGAGAAGGAGGAGGAGAAAUACUUCACUGCUAUCAAGGACAUGGUGGAGUGGCUCGGCUACAAACCUUAUCAGGUCACUCACGCAUCGGAUAACUUCCAGCAACUCUAUGAUCUUGCUGUGGAUCUUAUUCGCAGGGGUCACGCGUACGUGUGCCACCAGAAGGGGGAGGAGCUAAAGGGCUAUAAUGCACCUCCGUCACCUUGGAAAGACCGUCCCAUCGAAGAGUCCCUGGUGUUGUUUGAGAGGAUGAAGAAGGGUCUGUUUGCAGAGGGGGAGGCCACACUCAGGAUGAAGAUGGUCAUGGAGGACGGGAAGACGGACCCCGUGGCCUACAGAAUCAAAUACACGCCACAUCAUCGGACAGGAGAUGAAUGGUGCAUCUACCCCACUUAUGACUACACCCACUGUCUGUGUGACUCCAUUGAAAAUAUAUCACACUCGCUGUGUACCAAAGAGUUUCAGGCCAGACGCUCAUCAUAUUACUGGCUGUGCAACGCUCUGGACGUGUACUGCCCUGUGCAGUGGGAAUACGGCCGCCUGAACCUCACCUAUACUGUCGUGUCCAAGAGGAAAAUCAUCAAACUGGUGGAGACUGGUGUUGUCAGAGACUGGGACGAUCCUCGUCUCUUCACUCUGACUGCGCUGAGAAGAAGAGGUUUCCCACCAGAGGCGAUUAACAACUUUUGUGCACGGGUCGGAGUCACCGUUUCUCAGACGACGACAGAGCCCCACCUGCUGGAGUCGUGUGUGCGGGAGGUGCUGAAUGACACGGCACCCAGAGUCAUGGCCGUGCUGGAGCCUCUCAAAGUCACCAUAAUGAACCUUCCUGAGAACACACAGUCGGAGGUGCGAGUACCAGACUUCCCCGCUAAUGAGGCCAAGGGCAGCCACACGGUUCCAUUCACUCGCACCAUCUUCAUCGAACAGAGUGACUUCAGAGAGGUGAUGGAGAAGGGCUACAAACGCUUGACCCCGGAACAGCCUGUUGGCCUGAGGCAUGCUGGGUAUGUCAUCUCUGUGCAGAAGGUCCUUAAGGACCCUCAGGGUAAAGUGGUGGAAGUGGAGGUGAACUGCUGCAGUUCUGACGCUGCAGAGAAACCCAAGGCUUUCGUCCACUGGGUCAGCCAGCCGCUGCAGUGUGAAGUGCGUCUCUAUGACAGACUGUUCCUGCACAAACACCCAGAGGAUACAUCUGAGGUGCCUAAUGGCUUCCUGAGCGACAUCAACCCUGAUUCCCUCCAGGUGAUCAGCAGUGCCUUUGUGGAUACCUCUGUAAAGAGAGCCAAAGCUUUUGACAAAUUCCAAUUUGAAAGACUUGGCUACUUCUCUCUGGACCCUGACAGCACCGCAGAAAAGCCCAUCUUCAACAGAACAGUCACUCUGAAAGAAGACCCUGGGAAGAUCUGAUUGUCUGAAAUCAAGUGGUAGAACCUGCUUCCCAUGAGCCCAUAGAUACAUGCCCACUGAAGGUGUAAUAUCAGUAAAGGCACAGACUGACAUGAACUCUGGACAUUUAUAGUUCACUAUUCACAUAUGACUGGGUCACGCUCAUUUACAACAGCACGAGAAUCUCUGGACAUAAAUGUAUGUCUUUAUAAAAUCGUUGUCCAUCAAAAUAACAGAUUGAUCCAUCUCUUAAAGUGUUUUUUUUUUUAAAUAUUUAUGA